AUGUUUUUGGCGGAGCUCAUUUUCCUUUUUGCCUUGUGCCUAGCAAAAGAGAUCAAACAAUUGCCAGGAGUUGGAUUCGAACUCAAUUUCAAGCAUUAUUCCGGGUUCUUCCAAGUCUCCGACACUCAUGUACUUCACUACUGGCUCGUUGAAUCUCAGAAUGAGCCGGAUAAAGACCCCCUGAUCUUCUGGUUCAAUGGUGGUCCAGGAUGUUCCUCUUUGGGAGGUCUUCUCAAGGACACGGGACCGUACUUAGUGAAUUUCGACGGUAAAAGCCUCAGGAGGAACCCAUAUUCUUGGAAUAAAAUGGCUUCAGUGGUGUAUAUCGAAUCCCCUGCGGGAGUCGGAUACUCCUAUUCCACCGAUGAGAACAUCACCACCAAUGAUGAUCAGACUUCACUUGAGAACUACGAAGCUGUCAAGCAAUUCUUCCAGACUUUUCCUCAAUUCCGACAUCACGCUACUUUCAUCAUGGGGGAAUCAUAUGGAGGUGUGUAUGUACCAACAUUGGCUGAAAGAAUCCUUGUUGGCCAAAAGGAGUUCCCCAUCAACCUAAAGGGAAUCGCACUUGGGAAUGGUUGGGUACACGAAAAGUUAAACAUCGACACUUCCAUUCGAUACGCCUACGGCCAUGGAAUCGUCGAUGAAAAGACAUGGAGUACAGUUCAAAGGGAUUGUUGCGGAGGCUUCAUCGACUCCUGCGAUCUUACUCAGGUCGCCGGUCAUUGUGCCACUAUGUUAGAAGACAUCUACCAUUCCAUCUGGAGCGGUGGGCUGGAUCCCUUUGACUUGUUCGGAAACUGCGACUCAAAACCGACAAACAACAGCGACAGGACGUCCCACAUGCUUCAAGAAGUCGCGACCCAAUACGAACCCUUUGUUCUGUCCAAGGAGAAGACGAGGGACCUUAUGAGCUUCGUGAGGGCUGAGGAGUCCAGACACCAUUUCCUAUGCGAAAACAACACAAAUAUGGUUACAUACAUGAAUUAUGGUGAGGUUCGACAAGCCCUUAACAUUCCGAGCAACUUACCUAAAUGGAAGAUUUGCAGUAUCCAAGUCACUAACGCUUAUAAGAGACAGUACGGAGAUAUGACGCCAUUCAUCAAGAAGAUCGUCGCCGCAAAUGUCCGAGUACUCCUCUACUACGGAGACACAGAUAUGGCUUGCAACUUCAUGAUGGGUCAAAAAUUUGCCGAUCAACUUGGAUUGAAACAAACACUCGACAGAGCCCCAUGGAGGUUCGACCGUCAAAUCGCUGGAUUCAAAACGGUAUAUGAAGGGCUUACCUUUAUCACAGUACGAGGUGCGGGUCACAAGGCACCACGACAGAAAGCUCCUCAGAUGUGCUACGCCAUUCAACAGUUCCUGCUCAAUCAUCCUAUUUGA